AUGCUUUGCCGUUAUACCAUUGCGGGCGUUCUGGUCUUGGCUGGAUUGUUUGGCUCCAGUGAGAGCACACCAACCAGUACCCCGGCCGCUACCAGCAACCAGGCUGCCGCUAGCCAAUACGACUAUAUCAUUGUAGGUGGUGGACUGACUGGGCUCGUUGCCGCAACCAGACUCAGCGAAGAUCCAAAUGUUUCCGUCUUGGUGAUAGAAUAUGGUGCAGAAGACCGUACCAACGUGACCAAGAUUCCUUACUAUGCCACGACCCUCAACACGGCAUCUUUGCGCUCCUUGUAUUCUGCUCCAGAACCCCAGGCAGGAAAUCAAACAUUCUUGGUCACUGUUUCCCAAGUCGCUGGCGGCGGCUCUCAAGUCAAUGGCAUGGCAUGGAACUAUGGGUCCGCAGGGGACUAUGACGGUUGGGAGGCCUUGGGCAAUCCGGGCUGGGGAUGGGAGAGCAUUUCUUCCCAUGUGAAAAAGGAUGUCCAGUUUACAGUUCCCAAGCCAGAUAUUGAGGCCCUGUACAAUUAUUCGUACGACGCCUCGGCGUAUGCCACUGAAGCAUAUGCUCAAAGCUCAUUUCCCGAGUUUCAAUACCCCGACAUGUACAGGUAUAUUGCGGCUUUCGAUGAACUAGGAGAUGUUCCGGAAAUCCAAGAGCAAGCAAAUGGAAAUAAUGCCGGCGGCCGAUAUUUCGUGCCUGCCGCAAUAGACCCAACCACCAUGACGCGUGCAUCAUCAUUAUAUGCUUACUACGACAAGGUGUCGAGCAGGAGUAACUUGAAGCUCCUUCUGAAGCAUCAAGUUAGGGAGAUUGUCCUCUCGAAUAGUACCGAGGAUGACUUAAUUGCAACUGGGGUCAAUGCCUUGGAUCGUGAGACUAAUCAAACCGUCUCCUUUACAGCAAGUGUAGAGGUUGUUCUUGCUGCUGGUGGCGUAUACACACCUCAGCUCCUCCAGUGGAGUGGGAUCGGACCCAAGUCGGUCCUUGAAUCUAGCGGGAUUGCAACAAAGUUAGACUUUCCGGCAGUCGGCAGCAACUUUCAGGAUCAUCCUGUGGCCUAUUACUCGUGGGAUCUCAACAACCCUACCUUUCCCAGGGCCACUGAACUCACUGCAAAUGCCACUUUUUGGGACGAAGCGGUUGACCUUUAUUUCAACAACCUCACGGGCCCCUUGACCAAAGCCCAAGCUAAUUAUAUAUCGUUUCCUGCCCUCUCGGCAAUUGCUGAUGAUUCUGAUACUUUGGUCGCCAAUCUUCUAGAACAGACCGAGGGAGCAUACUUGCCUGACAUUUAUGCCUCGUAUCCUGAGCUGGUGGCUGGCUACGAAGCACAGAAGCGACUCUUGGCAGCUCAGCUUGCCAAUGGCUCGGUAUCGGCAGUUGAAAUUCCAGUGGGGGGCAACGGGGGAAUGCUCAAUGCCCUGCAGAAGCCUCUGAGCCGCGGUACUAUUCAUUUGAAUGCGAGCGAUGUGUAUGGGGAGCCUGUCGUGUCCUACAAUUUCCUGUCCAAUCCAUUCGAUCGAGCCAUCUUAUUCCGAUCCCUCGAAUACACUCGCAGGCUGCAAAACACGUCGGCAGUGGCGUCUCUGGAGCCUGUAGAGGUAUGGCCCGGUGCCAAUACCACUACUGAAGAUGCUGCCUUGCAGGCCAUGAUUGACGUCGGUUGGCUUCGCCCCAGCUUUGCUCAUCCUAGUUGUACUUGUCCCAUGCUGCCACGAGAGUUGGGCGGGGUGGUCAAUUCAGAUCUGCAAGUCUACGGCGUUCAGAGGCUGAGCAUUAUUGAUGCUAGUAUCUUGCCCGUAUUGCCGGCAGCCCAUCUCCAGGCAACCAUGUUUGCAGUGGCCGAGAAAGCUAGCGACAUAAUCAAAGCCCGUUCUUGA